UUCAUUUAUUUUUGGUUCUCUUCCUUCUCCACCUUGCUGUUUUUUGAUUUUCUGUUCUUUGCACUAUGAGAUUUCUAUCCGCCACUGCCAUCUCUCGCUUCCGCUCAUCCGCCUCUUCGAAUCACUUAGUAGGUUUUCUACGUUCUUCCUCCAGCGCCGCUGCUGCGGCCUCCACCGCCACCGAUGCUUUCCUCUCACACCCAGCUUCGUCAUACGGCGGCGGCGGAGAUGGCAAGCAGCGGUGGCGGCUCUUCUCAUUGCCUCGUGUCCUCCUUCCAAUCGCUCUUGCCGCCUCCGCCAGCUUCCUCUCCCUCGACCUCCGCCACUCCUAUGCUCUCUGCGACCCUCUCCUCGAUCAACAGUAUGGCGGGAUGGAAAGGACGGAAAUCUGUAAGGAGAUACCCAAGGUGUUUUUCGACGAGCUCAGAAAUAUUCUGCAAGAUGGCAUGACUGUGGACUACGAUGAGAGAUACUUCCAUGGGAAACCGCAGAACAGCUUUCACAAGUCUGUUAAUGUUCCGGAUGUGGUUGUCUAUCCUAGGUCACAGGAUGAUGUGCAGAAGAUUAUCAUUGCGUGUAACAAGUACAAGGUCCCCAUUGUGCCUUAUGGUGGAGCUACAUCAAUUGAAGGACACACUUUAGCACCUAAUGGAGGUGUAUGCAUUGAUAUGUCAAUGAUGAAAAACAUAAAAGCAUUGCAUAUUGAGGACAUGGACGUAGUUGUUGAACCAGGGAUUGGAUGGAUGGAACUCAAUGAGUACUUGAAACCCUAUGGUCUUUUCUUUCCGCUUGAUCCAGGGCCUGGCGCUACCAUUGGAGGCAUGUGCGCUACUCGUUGUUCUGGGUCUUUAGCAGUAAGGUAUGGAACUAUGCGGGACAAUGUCAUUAAUCUCCAGGUAGUUUUGGGAAAUGGAGAUGUUGUUAAGACAGCUGCUCGUGCUCGAAAGAGUGCUGCUGGGUAUGAUUUGACUCGGCUGAUGAUUGGAAGUGAAGGCACUCUGGGAGUUAUAACAGAAGUGACUUUACGUCUCCAAAAGCUUCCUCAGCAUUCAGUGGUUGCCAUGUGCAACUUUCCAACCAUCAAAGAAGCUGCUGAUGUAGCUAUUGCAACAAUGCUGUCAGGAAUACAGGUCUCAAGAGUAGAACUCUUGGAUGAAGUUAUGAUGCAAGCUAUCAAUAUUGCAAAUGGAAAAAAAUUGCCUGAAGUUCCAACCUUGAUGUUCGAAUUUAUUGGCACAGAAGCAUAUGCACGAGAGCAGACUCUUAUUGUCCAGAAGAUUGUUUCUGAACAUAAUGGCUCUGAUUUUGUUUUCGUUGAAGAUCCGGAUGCUAAAACAGAGUUGUGGAAGAUAAGGAAGGAGGCUCUUUGGGCUUGUUUUGCUAUGGCACCAAAUUUUGAAGCAAUGAUUACGGAUGUUUGUGUUCCUUUAUCAAAGCUUGCGGAUUGCAUAUCAAAAUCUAAACUGAUUCUUGAUGAAUCACCAUUGUUGUGCACAGUAAUUGCUCAUGCUGGUGAUGGAAAUUUCCAUACUCUUGUGUUAUUUGACCCAGAGCAAGAGGAACAGAAACGAGAAGCAGAGAGGCUAAACCACUUCAUGGUUCAUACGGCAUUGUCAAUGGAAGGAACAUGCACAGGAGAGCAUGGUGUUGGCACCGGCAAAAUGAAAUACCUUGAGGAAGAGCUUGGCAUGGGGGCCUUGAUGACCAUGAAAAGAAUAAAGACUGUUUUAGAUCCAAACAGCAUCAUGAAUCCUGGGAAGAUCAUUCCUCCUCAUGUAUGCAUAUAAUGUGAGAAUUCAAAUCAUGAAUACUUUUUAUUAAAUGCAAUUCUGUACAAAAAAUUAAAUUACUAACUUUAUGAUGUUUAUGCAACUUAUUCCAUGUAAUUUGAAUCAACUUUUUUGGUCAAUUUUUUUUAAUUUUAAUCUAUUAUUGGGAGUACUUGAAUCUUA